UCUCAGCGGUAUACGAGGGUGGAGGUGCUGUUUUAUUUUAAAAGAAGAUUUUGCAAAAUAAAUAUUGGUUUAUAAAUCUUAGUUGAAUCAAUUCUUUGAAUUUAAACUAAAUACAAUAAACAGACCUGCUUUAUUUAAAAGUGUUUUGUAAAUAAAGGUGAAAGUUGUUUGUGAUCUAAAAUAAUGGCAUUAGAGUCUGAAGAAAAACUUUCAGCCAAAAAUAAAGGUGGUACUGAAGAUACUAACUGCAACAGAAAAGAUGGAAAGGUAAUUGAUGAAAAAAAUGAAAUAAGUGAUGGAUCAGAUAUAAAAGAAAUUAACGGUAACGAAAGUAGUGACGAUAAGAAAUCCGAAUCAGAAAUUAAAGAAAAUAAAAUUGAAGAUAAUGCAUCGGAUCCUUUAGAAAUUUAUCAGGAUCCUGGGAUUACUGUACAUAUACAAAGUCCCGGAGCUGAACUACUCUCAAUUCAGGUUUCCAGCAUGGAAUUAGUUCAGGAAAUUAAUCAACUUUUGAUGGACCGUGAAGAUACUUGUCAUCGCACAUGUUUUUCUUUGCAGUUAGAUGGAGUAACUUUGGAUAAUUUUGCUGAAUUAAAAAAUGUUGAAGGCCUUAAAAGUGGAUCUGUAAUUAAAGUGGUUGAAGAACCUUAUACUAUGCGUGAGGCUAGAAUUCAUGUACGGCAUGUACGGGAUUUAUUAAAGUCUAUGGACUCUUGUGACGCGUACAAUGGGGUGGAUUGUAGUUCGCUUACUUUUUUAACGGCUAUUACUCAAGGGGAUUUAUCCGAAAAGAAAAAAUCGAGACCGGAUAAUAUAGAAUGUUCUCCACCCGAAUAUAUUUUACCCGGAUCAAAAGAUCGUCCGAUUUUGCCACUUCAGCCAGGCGCCAAAAAUUCUAAAGGACCACAAGCAUUAAAAGUGUUAACAACAUCUGCGUGGAAUCCUCCACCUGGUCCACGAAAGCUUCAUGGGGAUCUAAUGUAUUUAUAUGUCGUAACAAUGGAAGAUAAACGUUUUCAUAUAUCAGCAUGUCCAAAAGGUUUUUUCAUUAAUCAAUCGACAGAUGAAAUUUUCAAUCCAAAACCUGACAAUCCAAGCCACUUAUGUCAUUCUUUGAUUGAUUUACUUUCACAAAUAUCUCCACAUUUCAAACGAACAUUUGCACAAAUGCAAAAAAAGCGUACAAUGCGACAUGCUUUUGAAAGAGUUGCAACUCCUUAUCAAGUUUAUACUUGGUGUUCGCCUUAUUUGGAGCAUACAAUUGAUGCUAUACGUGCAGAAGAUGCGUUUUCAUCUAAAUUGGGAUAUGAGGAGCAUAUUCCCGGUCAAACGAGAGAUUGGAAUGAGGAAUUGCAAACAACACGUGAAUUACCUCGCAAAACCCUUCCUGACCGUUUAUUGAGAGAACGAGCUAUUUUUAAGGUUCACGGAGAUUUUGUAAUUGCGGCUACUCGAGGUGCUAUGGCUGUAAUAGAUGGCAAUGUUUUAGCUAUUAAUCCUGGAGAAGAUGCUAAAAUGCAAAUGUUUAUAUGGAAUAAUAUAUUUUUUUCUUUGGGAUUUGAUGUUAGAGAUCAUUACAAAGAGUUUGGAGGAGACUAUGCGGCCUUUGUUGCUCCGCGUAAUGAUUUACAGGGAGUUAGAGUCUACAGUGCUGUAGAUUUGGAAGGACUUUACACAUUAGGAACAGUUGUAAUAGAUUAUCGUGGAUAUAGGGUUACAGCUCAGUCAAUUAUUCCUGGUAUUUUGGAAAGGGAACAAGAACAAUCUGUAGUAUAUGGAUCGAUAGACUUUGGAAAAACCGUUUUAACUCAUCCUAAAUAUUUAGAACUUUUAACCCAGGCUGGUCAACACCUCAAAAUACUACCUCAUUCUGUUUUGAAUGAUAAAGAUGAAGAAGUUGAACUUUGCUCCUCAGUUGAAUGCAAAGGAAUAAUUGGGAAUGAUGGACGUCAUUAUAUAUUGGAUUUGCUAAGAACGUUCCCACCUGAUGUCAACUUUUUAAGACUUUCUGAUGAAAAACUAAGUGCGGAAUUACAAGCUGCUGGAUUUCCUAUCGAACAUAAACAUAAGUUAUGUUGUCUAAGGCAGGAGUUAUUGGAAGCUUUUGUUGAAGACCGUUAUGUGCAAUUCAUCAAAUAUGCGGCACAUCAUUUACAAAAAAUUAGUACAACAAAAAAACCAGAGACCGAAGAACAUGAAAGCGGAGGGAAAAAGGAAAGUAAGCUACUGGAAAAUAACAACGUCAUUGAAAAAGAUGAUGAAACACAGAAAGUGAUAGAUCAAAAAUCCAACACCAGUGAAAAUCAAAACAUAGCAACUGGAGCUAUAGACAAGAAGAUCGAAAAAUCAGAGGAAAUAGACGGAAUUCCAAAAGGAAAAGAAGCUGAAGUUAAAAAAUUGACUGACACUUUGACAGAGAAAGGUAUUACUGAUGAAAAACAAGCAGCUGAUGUAGUUAAACGAGCCUGCGCUGCGGUUCAGUCUUUAAAAGAAUAUGAGUUUGACUUUAGAUUUAAUCCAGAUGUUUUUUCUCCUGGCAUUAAACAUGUUGACAAAUCCGACAGUACAUGUUCUUUAAAAAAACAAAAACAAUUAGUUAAAGAUGCUGCAGAGUUUCUAGUUCUUAAACAAAUUCCUAGUUUUGUGCAAGAACAUACUGAUCAUUCAUCAGCUCCUAUGGACGGUGUUACUCUAACUGAAGCAUUACAUAAUCGUGGAAUUAAUAUAAGAUAUUUAGGAAAAGUUAUUCAGAUAUUAGCCAAGGUUCCUAAAUUAGAGUAUUUGUAUCAAAUUGCUGUGCAAGAGCUAAUUAUUCGGGCAACAAAACACAUUUAUUAUAAUUAUAUGCAAAACACCGAAAUGAUGAGUUUGUCAGCCGCCAUCUCACAUUUUCUAAAUUGUUUUCUUACUUCUGGUUUAGUAGUUUUGCCAGCCUUAGGUUCUGAUGAGCUAAUAAAAACAAAUAAACGCCGUAACAAACGCAAACCAGGAAACCGAACUACUUUAUUUGGUAGUGAUAAUAAUGAGUGGGCAGGAAUUACCCAAAGAUCUUUAUGGCAACACAUAAAGAAAGAAAUAAAAUCAUAUUGGGAUUAUGAUUUAGGUUGUGAUAGUAUUGAACAAGUUUGUGAAAAUUUUAAGUUACAGCGUAUAAGCAUGCUUCGUGGCUUUUGUUUAAAAGUUGGAAUUCAGAUUUAUUUACGCGAAUACAACUUUGACUCGCGGAAUAAGCCAACCUUUAGUGAUGAAGAUAUUUUAAAUGUGUUUCCGAUUGUAAAACAUGUUAACCCAAGAGCUUCAGAUGCAUAUAAUUUUUAUACUACUGGUCAAACAAAAAUUCAACAAGGUUAUUUUAACGAAGGAUAUGAACUUAUUACUGAAGCUUUAAAUUUGUUGAAUAAUGUUUUUGGUGCUAUGCAUCCGGAGAACGCUCAAUGUUUGAGAAUGUUGGCCCGAUUAAGCUAUAUUAUGGGUGAUCCACAGGAAGCAUUAACAAUACAACAAAGAGCCGUGAUUAUGAGUGAGCGCGUAAACGGAAUUGAUCACCCAUAUGUAAUACUAGAAUAUUCACAUUUAGCUUUAUACAGCUUUGCAAAUGGACAAAUAAGUACAGCUCUUAAACUUUUCUACAGGGCACGUUAUUUGGCGUUAUUAAUUUUUGGUGAAAAUCAUCCGGACAUAGCUUUAUUAGAUAGUAACAUAAGUUUAAUUCUUCAUGCUGUUGGAGAUUAUGAAACUUCUUUAAAAUUUUUGGAGCAUGCUCUAGCGCUGAAUAUUAAAUAUUUUGGAAAAAAAUCCCUUAAAGUGGCAGUCAGUUAUCACUUAGUUGCAAGAACGCAAAGUUGUAUGGGCGAUUUCAGAUCAGCCUUAAAUAAUGAAAAAGAAACGUAUGCUAUUUAUAAGCAACAGCUUGGUGAAAAUCAUGAAAAAACUCAAGAAUCCUCAGAGUGUCUUAAAAUACUUACACAACAAGCCGUAUUUUUGCAAAAGAAAAUGAACGACAUUUACACAAACGGCAAAUUAACAACUGGACUUCCACCAAUUCAUAUUCAACCGCCAACGAUGGGCUCAGUUUUAGAUAUGUUGAAUGCAAUCAAUGGAAUUUUAUUCGUUCAAAUAAGUCCGAAAAAUAUGGCUAAGCUGCGUAGCGAAUUGGAAAAACAUCAGAAUAGCGAAACAGCUUCAACCGAAACUUCAGAGUCAAUUAAAAGAAUAAUAACAAACGCCGCUUCCAAAGUUGAUCAAGAGACUGAAAAAACUACAGAUUUAACUUUAAAUGCAGAAGAUGAAUCACGUUCUAGUAUAAUUAAGAUAGCAAACGGAUCUACCACAAUAUUAGAUGAGAAACAAGAAGUUUCAGUGGAUGCUGUUACCGUUACAAGUUGAAUUCUAUUAAACACGUAUAAAAUAAAACAGUAAUUGCAUCAAAAAUUUUUUUUUAAUGUACUAGACUUUAAGUAAUAUGUCAUUUUGAAAUACAUUAUACAUAGUUUCACAAUAGAAUAUUAAAUCAUACGAAAAUCCAUUUUCGAUACUAUAAAAUAUCAAUUGAAAGAAAUAAAAGCUAAAUAUAUAGAAGAAUCA